ACUGACACCGCACUCGAGUGAGAGCUGGGGCAUCUUCUCCCCGAAAAAAUGCAUAUCUGCAUCCCGAAAAUAAUCCUUCUGAUUGCAUCAUCUCUGAGGCUGGUUGAGAUGUAUGACAAUUAUGGGGAGAUCUGCCGAAGCCUGUGCACGUGCGAGGAGAAGGAAGGGAUCCUGAUGGUGAGCUGUGAGAACCGGGGUAUUAUCAGACUGACGGAGAUCAGCCCGGUUCAUUUCUCCACGUACCACCUCCUGCUGACAGGGAACCUCCUGAAGAAGCUGUCGGUCAAUGAUUUCAUCAAUUACACCGGGGUGACCAUCUUGCACUUGGGGAACAAUGAUAUCUCCGAGUUAGAGUCGGGUGCCUUCAACGGACUCCAGGGAUUAAAAAGGUUGCACCUGAACAACAACAAGAUCGAUGUUCUAAGGGAUGACACCUUUGCAGGAUUGGAAAGUUUGGAAUACCUACAGAUUGAUUAUAAUUACAUUACCAUUAUAGAGCCCAAUACCUUGAGCAAACUACACCAACUAACUGUAAUGAUUUUGAAUGACAACUUGCUCUCUGCCCUCCCCAUGAAUAUAUUUCGGAAUGUUCCCCUUACGCACUUGGAUCUUAGGGGUAACCGCUUAAAAAUGUUCCCCUACAUUGGUCUGCUGGAGCACAUGGACAAAGUCGUGGAAUUACAACUCGAGGAGAAUCCGUGGAAUUGUUCCUGUGAGCUCAUUGCUUUAAAGGCCUGGCUGGAGAGCAUAGCCUACACGGCUCUGGUGGGAGAGGUGGUGUGCGAGACCCCGUUCAGGCUCCACGGCAGGGACCUGGAUGAGGUGUCCAAACAGGAACUCUGCCCACGCAGACCUUUGGAAGACACGGUGAGGCCUGCACCCCCUAGCAGCACCAAUGGAUAUUAUCAGACCACUCCAGCUGCUGUGACGGCCUCUGCCACCUCUUCAGCCGUUUUCAGGUCCUCCUCCAGGCCUACCAAGGGCACACGGCAAUUUAACAGAACUCGGAUAAAGCCCACUUCUCGAUUACCGGGCGGGAACCCAUACAACUAUGGCCCCAUCAUUGCUUUUCAGACCAAAUCUCCUGUGCCUUUGGACUGCCCCACUGCCUGCACGUGUAAUCUGCAGAUUUCUGAAAUUGGGUUAAAUGUCAACUGCCAAGAGAGAAAGAUUGAGAGCAUUUCUGAUCUAAAACCCAAGCCAUACAACCCUAAAAAAAUGUAUCUCACUGGAAAUUACAUCCCUGUCGUACGGAGAUCAGAUUUUCUAGAUGCCACCGGAUUGGAUUUGCUUCACCUGGGAAACAACAGGAUAACUCUGAUCCAUGACCGAGCUUUUGAGGAUUUAACCAACCUGCGUCGGCUGUAUUUAAAUGGCAAUCUCAUGGACAGGCUCACGGGGGAGAUGUUUUUUGGUUUGCAAAACUUGCAGUAUCUUUAUUUAGAGUACAACAAAAUCAAGGAGGUGGAUGCAGGCGCUUUCCGUUACCUCCCAAAUCUCCAGCUGCUUUUCCUCAACAACAACCUCCUUAAAACUUUACCUGUGGGCAUCUUUUCCAGCCUCUCUCUGUCGAGGCUUAAUCUGCGCAACAACCAGUUCCAAAACCUGCCAGUGAGUGGGGUACUGGAUCAGUUGAAGUUGCUUGUGCAGAUAGAUCUGUUUGAAAACCCCUGGGACUGUUCCUGUGACAUAGUAGGGAUGAAGAUCUGGCUCGAGCAGCUCAGUGCAGGCACUGUGGUUAACGAGGUUGUGUGUGAGAUGCCGAAACGUCACACAGGGAUGGAUCUGCGUUCAAUCCAAUCGGAGCAGCUGUGUCCAGACUACUCUGAUGCUUACGUGUCACCCACUCCCCCCACGGACGAGCCCAUGGACAACCCCAUUGUUACAACAGACGCUCCCCAGAAGCUUAACACCCUCAGCAGCACAGUUCCCCUUUCUGUCCUCAUCCUCAGUCUCCUGCUUGUUUUCAUCAUGUCUGUGUUUGUGGCAGCGGGGCUCUUUGUGGUGGUGAUGAAAAGACGCAAGAAGUCGCAGAGUGACCGCACUAGCACCAACAACUCCGAUGUCAGCUCUUUUAACUUGCAAUACAGCCUCUACAGCAACCGUUCUGGCCCUAAAGUCAAAGCCCCCGCUGGUCACGUUUAUGAGUACAUCCCCCAUCCCAUGGGCCACAUGUGCAAAAAUCCCAUUUACAGGUCACGGGAAGGGAACACAGUGGAGGAUUACCGUGACCUGCAUGAGCUUAAGGUAACAUACAGGAAUACCCCUGAUGAGGAGAGGGAUAGUAGUACAAUGAGGAGCCCUGCCUACAGCGUAAGCACCAUUGAGCCACGUGAUAACCCCUCCCCUGUUCAGGACGCAGAUCAUUUCUUCCGAGGAAUCCUUGAGCCUGAUAAGCAGUCCCCCCACCAAUCCAUCCCAUCUAUCCCAGUAGGUGCCAGCUUAGAGUACAAGUACUCUGGGCCAGUGGCAUACACAUACAACCCAAAUUUUGAUGUCAGACGACAGUUCUUGCACCCGGAUCGAAUAAGAGAAACAGUGCUCUAUGGCACAGCACCCAGUACUGUUUAUGUGGAACCCAACAGGAACGAGUAUUUGGAGCUAAAAGCUAAAUUACAGUCUGAGCCCGAUUACCUCGAAGUCUUGGAGAAACAGACCACCUUUAGUCAGUUCUGAGCGAGGCUGUCUUCACUGGAACGCAACACUUUCUCUUGUGAUUUUGCUUGAAACAGUGGCUCAGUUCAUAAGGUGCCUUGGCACAAAAACAGAUGAGCAAAAUGGAGUUAGGGCGGGGUGUGCCGAACAAUCUUAUUUCUGAAUCAUGACACUGCGAGAAUGGAUACAGCUUUCCGGAUGAACAAAAUGUGCUCCACUUAACUGUUGAUGCAAAUUUUAUUUUUCUAUGGUGAAAAUCGAAUAAUACAAAAAAUUUACGUGUACUGGCAAAUCCGAGUUCAUUUUCAGGAAUAUAACCAUACAAACAAGGUAUAUUGUGAAUCAGAAUUUAAAAAAAGAGUUUAUAAAAGUCACUCCUGGACAAAAACACUGUACAGCAGAUCAUCAGAACUGUGUAGGACUAUUUUCUGCUGUAGUAUGUAAGUAUUUAUUGAUAUAAUCUACCAUGUCUUUUCCAAACUUUGAUUCUACAUCAGUAUUACCUGUGUCAUCAUACUCCAUGAUCCUCUGGAAAGGCUUAUGUUUGUAGUUUCAUUUACUGUAGCUCUGCAUUGUAAAAGUGGCUUAUUUUGAAAGUGGCACACCCCCCUCCCCCCAGUGUUCAAAACGGACUGCGUCAUUUGAAGAUUUAAAAAAAAAAAAAAUGAUGACAACAAAAACCAAGAGAAAAAAAAGUGUCUUUGUAUGCUUUCUGCACUUUUUGGAAUUGG